AAUGAAAAGAUUUAUGUUUAUUACUUGUAUAUAAAAUCUAAAAGACUAUUAAUGUGUCAACUAUAUUGUUGACACUUUUAAACUUGCACUAUUAAUUGCUUUUAGUCAAUUUUACAGUUAAGCAUGGCAUUUUGAAUGUAGCGAAAGUUGCGAAUCAAAAUCGAAGCGAGAGUUGGUGAUAGUUCAGCGACACGUCAACCACACGGAAGAAGGUGUCUGCCUCAGCUGCCACUGUAUUGCUGAUUAGCACCGUCGUCUUAUCGAAAUGGGUGGUUUCUUCUCUAGUCUCUUCUCGGGCCUGUUCGGCACCAGGGAGAUGAGGAUUCUGAUCCUGGGUUUGGACGGUGCAGGAAAAACCACUAUUCUAUACCGGCUGCAGGUUGGAGAGGUGGUCACCACAAUCCCCACAAUCGGCUUCAACGUCGAGACAGUCACAUACAGAAAUCUGAAGUUCCAGGUGUGGGAUCUGGGAGGACAGACGAGUAUCAGGCCCUACUGGCGGUGUUACUACUCCAACACAGAUGCGGUCAUCUACGUGGUUGACAGCAGCGACCGCGACAGGAUGGGCAUCUCAAAGUCUGAGUUGGUGGCCAUGUUGGAGGAGGAAGAGCUGAAGAAGGCUAUCCUGGUGGUAUUUGCAAACAAACAGGACAUGGACCAGGCAAUGACUCCCACUGAGGUGGCCAACUCUCUGGGCCUUCCUGCCCUCAAAGACAGAAAAUGGCAGAUCUUCAAGACCUCGGCCACAAAGGGCACAGGCCUGGAUGAGGCAAUGGAAUGGCUGGUGGAUUCCCUGAAGAGUCGGCAGUAAAGGCUCCCACCCAUUCUGUAUAUACUCCUGACCUUUGACCCCUCUGUAUGAAGCCUUGUGACCCUUCUCCACAACCCACUGGACCAGUGAUUGCACUCCUCCCCACCUCCAACCCAACAGAAGCCUUGGCCAAGCCCUCCCAAUGCCUUUCACGCCUGGGACUUACAAGAGAAGGCUGCAGUAACAUCUGGUGGCCCGAGGAAGUGAAGGUUUUAGAGAGCAUGUAUGACUGAGCGAUGGACAAGUUAGUAACUACAUUUUUGUGUUUUGGAAAUGCAAAAAAAAAGACAUCUGUGAACUGACGUGCUAAAUGUUGCUAAUUUUACGAUUCCAUUUGUUAAGUGUCGACACUAAAACAAGUUAUCAUGAGCUAAGAGUAAUCUAUAAAUAAGGCUCUGUGAAAAUGCUGUCCACUCUAACAUCUCUUCGCUGAACAAUGCAUGUUAGCUUUCUCUUCUCAGAGGGGUUAAGUAGUUUGCAUGUAGUAAAGUCAGCAGGAUGCAGUGUUUUCCCUUAUAGGCAAACACAUUAAAAAUUCCAGUCCUGCUCCUAAACUAAGCAAACAGACGGGGACACAUUAUCACUGAGAAGCAGCUACCUGAUUGCACGAAAUGUUCAGAUUUAUUUUUGAAAAUUCAGCCUCAAUUAGU